CUGCUGUGAAUGGUGACAUGUCGGUGGGAGAGGGAUUGUUAGAGAGCGACAGUGGUCUGGAGAUGACCAAUGAGAACAGCCCGCUCACUGCGGCAGAGCCACCUUCACCCUUCUGCCCCAAACAGAACGGAGGCGCAGCCUCACCCGCAGAUGAGAGUGAAAACAGCAUCAGAAGAAAGAGAUCUCGUAAGCGCUCUGACACAGAGGAAGACAGCGCCUGGGAUUCCUCCUACAGUGAGGAAAAGGCUGACGUUGGGUCCGGUUGUGAGACAGGUCUGCGGCAAAGGCCUCGUCCAAGGACAAUCUUCCAGGCAGGACUGACAGCUCACAGUAAACCCUGCAACAGAGAGAGGGUACAUAGCAAACAGGAUCAAAACAACCUGGUAUCUACUGUUCCUGAGGGUCCUGCACUAGAACUCAUGGAACAGGACUCUAAAGACUCUGCACAGAGCAGCACCACAUCCACCUCGACAACUGACACAGUCAGCCAACCUGAAUACAAGGACAAUAAAGGCUUUGGUAUUGGAGAGUUAGUCUGGGGCAAAAUAAAGGGCUUUUCUUGGUGGCCAGGGAUGGUGGUGACCUGGAGAGCUACAGGGAAGAGGCAGGCCUCCCACGGGAUGCGCUGGCUACAGUGGUUUGGCGAUGGGAAAUUCUCCGAGGUGUCUGCUGACAAACUCGACUCCAUCACAGCCUUCCCAAAGUUUUUCAACCAGUCAUCCUACACUAAGCUGGCGUCCUACCGCAGAGCAAUAUUCCAGGCCCUGGAGGUGGCUAGUGUACGAGCAGAGAAGACUUUUCCUCCAAGUGAGACGGAGAGUCUUGAAGAACAGAUAAAGCCCAUGCUCGACUGGGCUCAUAACGGCUUUCUGCCCAAAGGUCAGGAGGGCCUGAAACCUAGAGAGAACGCAGCGGAGUACUGUGUUUUUCCUCUGGCGUCAGAGAGAUCAGUGCUGCUGGACUCCAUCCCUCCGGAGUCCCCCCCCUCUGCCAAGAGACCUCGACUCAGCCUCUGUAAGGCCAAACCUGGCACUGAGGAAGUCUACAGCAGAGAACAAAUGGUCAAUGAAGUUUUGAAGAAUCACAGAAGUAUAGAAGAGUUCUGUCUCUCUUGUGGGAAGACGAGAGUGGCGACCUUCCACCCGCUGUUUGAAGGAGGCCUUUGCCAAACAUGCAAGGAUGUUUAUUUGGAAAUCUCCUACAUGUACGAUGACGAUGGCUACCAGUCGUACUGCACUGUGUGCUGUGGCGGCAGAGAGGUGCUGCUCUGUGGAAAUGCCAACUGCUGCAGGUGUUUCUGUGUGGACUGUCUGGAUAUAUUAGUGGGAGCAGGAGCGGCCAACAGCGCCCGUGAUCUGGACCCAUGGCGCUGCUACAUGUGUCAGCCUCUGCAGCUGUACGGCGUGUUAAAGAAACGCCACGACUGGAGCCUGAAACUACAAGAGUUCUUCGUCAAUGACAGUGGACAGGAGUUUGAAAGUCAGAAGAUUUACCCUGCAGUCCCAGCAGAGCAAAGACGUCCAAUCAGAGUCCUUUCACUGUUUGAUGGCAUAGCAACAGGUUACCUAGUGCUUCGAGACUUGGGCUUCAAGGUUGAGGUGUACAUCGCAUCAGAAGUAUGUGAGGACUCGAUUUCAGUGGGAGGUGUCCGGCAUGAAGGAAAAAUCCAGUAUGUGCACGACGUUCGCAAUAUCACCAGAAAAAACAUUGCUGAAUGGGGGCCGUUUGACUUGGUGAUUGGUGGAAGUCCCUGUAAUGACCUUUCGAUUGUCAACCCUGCCAGGAAAGGCCUGUACGAGGGGACUGGACGCCUUUUUGAGUUCUACCGCCUCUUGAGUGAGGCCAAACCGAAGGAAGGGGAAGACCGACCGUUCUUCUGGAUGUUUGAGAAUGUGGUGGCCAUGAGUGUCAAUGAUAAGAGAGACAUCUCACGAUUCCUGGAGUGUAAUCCAGUGAUGAUUGAUGCCAUUGAGGUAUCCGCUGCACACAGGGCACGUUAUUUCUGGGGAAACCUGCCAGGAAUGAAGAGGCCUCUAUGUUCAUCUGGGAUGGAUAAAUUAGAGCUUCAGGACUGUUUGGAGCAUGGCCGUGUUGCUAAGUUUGGUAAGGUACGCACCAUCACAACACGCUCCAACUCCAUCAAACAGGGCAAAGACCAGCACUUCCCUGUCAUGAUGAACGGCAAAGAGGACAUCCUGUGGUGCACAGAGCUCGAGAGGAUUUUUGGCUUUCCUGUCCACUACACUGAUAUGUCUAACAUGGGCCGUGGCGCCAGGCAGAAGCUACUGGGACGGUCUUGGAGUGUUCCUGUAAUCCGGCACCUGUUCGCCCCACUAAAGGACUACUUUGCCUGUGAAUAACACAUGUAGUCCAUGAUCAGGUUGUUUAAAGUUACACAACAAGCAUAAAAACAAUGUACAAAACCUAAUGUCCUCAAUAAGGAGCUCUUGGAGACUAGUUAAUCUCUCGCUUUGCAAAGACCAGCUGAGACAUUGAGCUGACUUGAGGACAAGGGUAGUCUUGACCAUACCAAUCUCAAGGUAGACACUGUGUUGUGAUGCUUAGAGCAUCAGUUAGUAAAAACACAGAUAGCUUUUGUACUAGACCUUUUGUUAAUUGAUGUGCCCCGCAAGGUCUUUAAAACUUUUCAGGGUUCAUCUCAACACAUGCAGUUAGAUGUUAUCCUUUAUUAUCAUGAGGGAAAAAAUAAAACAUUGUCCACGUU